UCGAGACGUUGCUGUCAUCCGAAAGCGGAAACAGUUCAAACGUCAUAUGACAGCGACUUUCUGCCCCUGUUCUGGUCUCUCUCUUUUUCCGGCAUCGUGUAUGCUAGCUGGACACAUUUUGUUUAAGCCUAACUGAUCAUGGCUGAUACCGCCACCGCUGCCGCUGCUACUAAGAAGCCGGCCAAGAAGGCCGCGCCAAAGAAGGCCGCCGCUAAGGCCGAGGCUGGUGCCAAGGCUGACGCCGCGAAGGCUGCCCCGAAGGGAGACCGCAAAUCGCGUCAAACUCCGGAAGCGAUCCGUGCCCGUGUCAAGCGUGCGAAGGAGCUGCGCACCCCGAAACCGAACCUGCCGCGCCCGAAGAAGAGCUUCGGCCGUCUGUGGGCCAAGGCUGUGUUCACCGGCUACAAGCGUGGGCUCCGCAACCAGCACGAGAAGCACGCUCUGCUGAAGAUUGAAGGUUGCCGCAACCGCAAGAACGUCCUGUUCUACAUCGGCAAGCGGUGCGUGUACGUGUACCGCGGUAAGUCCAAGCAGAACCACCCGGGAAGCAACAAGAAGUCCACCAUCCGCGCCAUCUGGGGCAAGAUUACCCGUUCGCACGGUAACAGUGGCAGCGUUCGCGCACGAUUCCGCACCAACCUGCCCGGACACGCCAUGGGCCAUCGCAUCAGAAUCGUGAGUAUCUUUGUUAUCAACAAGAAGGUGGCCUGCAAGCCUUCUCCUAGGCGAGGCCGUCCAACGAAUCGGUGCUGAUUGGACACGUUUUUUCUUCUUUUCCUUUGCAGAUGCUUUACCCGUCGCGUAUUUAAGCGCAGUAAAUCGUGUGUACAUUUAUAAUGGAAUCCCCAACAAUAAAAAAGCGCGAGUGAAGACGUGAAUCCUCCUGGA